AUGGGCCCCUGUACCGCCUCCCCAUGCUGCUGCCAGGCCCGUAAUCUGCCAUGGGCCCCUGUACCGACUCCUCAUGCUGCUGCCAGGCCCGUAAUCUGUCAUGGGCCCCUGUACCUACCCCCGCCUCCUCAUGCUGCUGCCAGGUCCAGAGUGUGUCAUGGGUCCCUGUACGGCCUCCCAUUGCUGCUGUCUCUAUCGCCACACUCUGCCAUGUGCCACUUUCAGGUCUCCUCACACUGCUGGUGGUUUCCAUUUUUGUCAUAGGGUGCUGUAUGGCCUCCCAUUGCUGCUGCCUCCCUCCACCGCCACACACUGUGGCUCCACACUCUGGUUUUGGCCCCGUGACUGCCCAAAUGAGUGAAGUGUGCGGUGAUUCUAAGAUCGACGGCACUCAUCUGCAUGUCAUACUGACUGACAGUAUUAUUUCUCUUCCCCAGCAGACUCCAAGGGCAUUUAAAUUAAAGGUACAGUGUUCUGCACUAAUAUUA